GCCAGGCUUCUCAUAACCCGGCUCUGCUCUGGCAUGGACGUACGUGCGCUGUCAGGGCGGGUGGGGUUUAUAGUCCCCUCCCACUGCACGCUUUUGAUGGAGACAGCUCCUGCAGCAGAAGCGGGGUGAUGACGCAAAGGGAGCAAUGACAACACAGAAUCAGAACAUGAGGCAAAACCGAAAGUUACUUUAACCCGCCGCCAAGGAGGGAAGGAGAGGUACUUUUAUGCUGCGUUGACAACAAGCUCAUCAGGCUGCAAUGAGUAUUUACAUAUUAUAUUGUAUGAACAAUAAGAAGAAAAAAGCAGCAUCUCCAGUUUCAGCUGUAUGUCUGAGAAGAGAAACAACUCCAUGAUGGAACCUCAUAACUCCAGCAGUGAAAGAGGAGCCUCUCAACCAAACACAAAGAAAGCAGGAUGUCCAGUUCCCAGCUGUGUGUCUAUGAAGAGUGACCAUUCCCAUCAAGAGCCUCUUAAUUUCAGAAGUGGACCUGUGCCCUCUGACCCGAAUAGGAUGGAUGGCAUGCUCCAGGAUCAGUCCAGGCCUUUACAAGACCUUACUGGUGUCCAUUGCAGGAAGAAUCCUUUAACAAUUCCAAACAUGGGGUUAUCCAGGAAGCAAGAGUACUUCCUACCUGGAGAUGACCUGCACAGGAUUUUAGAGAGGCACAAAACCUGCAUGAAGAAUAAGUAUGAGAGCUUAUUUGAAGGAUUCAAAUCUCAGGAGAAUAAAACUCUUCUGACCAGCAUUUACACUGAGCUCUAUAUAAUAGAGGGAGAGAGUAAUGGAGUGAAUGAAGAACAUGAGGUUUUACAGAUUGAGAACAUUUCCAGAAGACUCUUGCAAGACACUCCUAUUAACUGCUUAGAAAUCUUCAAACCAGUACAAGACUCAGAAGGAGAAAUUAGAUGUGUGCUGACUGAGGGCAUUGCAGGCAUCGGAAAAACAGUCUCUGUGCAGAAAUUCAUUCUGGACUGGUCUGAAGGAAAAGCAAAUCAGGACAUAGAUUUCAUGUUUGUGCUUCCUUUCCGAGAGCUGAACUUGAUUAAGGAUUACCAAUACAGUCUUCAUAGACUUCUGUGUGACUUCCAUCCUGAGCUCAAAGAUCUGGACCCAAAGAUAAUUGAUGAUUGCAAAGCUGUUUUCAUCUUUGAUGGCCUGGAUGAAAACAGAAUUCCACUGAACUUUUUACAGUGUGAAAACCUGUCAGACAUAACCAAGGUGUCAUCACUGGAUGUGAUAAUGACAAACCUCUUCAAAGGAGAGCUGCUUCCCUCUGCUCACAUCUGGAUAACCUCUCGACCAGCAGCAGCCAGUCAGAUCCCCUCUGAGUACAUUGAGCGUGUGACAGAAAUCCUGGGGUUCAAUAACCCACAGAAGGAGGAAUACUUCAGGAAGAGAAUCAGUGACCAAGAGCAAGCCAACAGUAUCAUCUCACACAUUAAGAGAAUAAGGAGUCUCCACAUUAUGUGCCACAUUCCAGUCUUCUGUUGGAUCUCAGCCACUGUUCUUCAGCAAAUGACAAAACAAAGUAAUACAGGAAUUCCUAAAACUCUGACUGAAAUGUACUCACACUUUCUGCUUACUCAGACAGAAAUAACAAAACAGAAAUACAGUGAAAGUGGGAAAAUAAAGAAAGAAUUGAUAAAAUUGAAGAGGGAAAUUUGGGAUACAAAGAAACUACCACAAUGUGGCAGUGAAAUGAUUCUGAAAUUGGCUGAACUGGCUUUCAAACAGAUUAUGAAAGGGAAUGUGAUGUUCUAUGAAGAGGAUCUGAAAGAAUGUGGCAUUGGUAUCACCGAGGCCUCAGUGUAUUCUGGCAUUUGCACUGAGAUCUUUAGGGAGGAAUCUGUGCUUUACCAAAAGAAGGUCUACUGCUUUGUGCACCUGAGCUUUCAGGAGUUCCUAGCUGCUCUCUACGUGUUUCACUGCUAUAUGAGCAAGAACAUGGAACCACUGCAGUUUUUUAAUCCACUGGACAAACAGUGGUCUGGCAAUGUUUCGUUGGAAGAGAUACUGAAAGCAGCAGUGGAUAGAGCCUUAAAGAGCCAGAAUGGACACCUGGAUCUAUUUCUCCGUUUCCUGCUGGGCCUCUCACUGGAGUCAAAUCAGCAACUUUUGCAUGACCUACUUACACAAACAGUGAGCAGCUCAGACAGCAUCAACAAAACAGUACAGCACAUCAAACACCUAAUACAAACAGAGAAUCUUUCUCCUGAAAGAUCUAUAAACCUGUUUCUCUGUCUCACUGAAGUAAAUGACCAGUCUUUAUUCAGAGAGAUUCAGGAGUACCUCAAAUCAGAGAAACACUUCGAAACAGGUCUUUCUCCUGGACAGUGUUCAGCACUCGCCUAUAUGCUGCACAUAUCAGAGGAGGUGCUGGACGAGUUGGACUUAAAGAAGCAUAACACAUCAGAAGAAGGUUAUAGAAGACUGCUCCCAGCUGUGAACAACUGCAGGAAAGCUCUGCUCGCUGGCUGCUAUCUCACCACAAAUUCCUGUGAAACUGUGUGCUCGGCUCUGAAAUCAGCAGACUCCUCUCUGAAAGAACUGGACCUCAGUAACAAUGUCCUGCAGGAUGCAGGCAUGGAGCUGCUCUCUGUUGGAUUGAAGAGUUCACACUGUAAACUGGAGAUACUCAGACUUGCUGGAUGUAACAUCACCACAAUCUCUUGUGAAAUACUCUGCUCUGCUCUGAAAUCACCAAGCUCUGCCAUAAAAGAGCUGGAUCUCAGUAACAACAACUUGCAGGAUUUAGGAGCGAAUCUGCUUACAGCUGAACUGAAGAAUUCACACUGUAAACUAGAGAUACUCAGACUGAGUAUCUGUAAUAUUGGGGAAAAAACUUGUGAAAAUCUGGGAUCAGCAUUGCAAUUGUCAAACUCCCUACUGAAAGAACUUGAUCUUAGUAACAAUGAUCUUCAGGAUUUAGGAGUAGAGCUGCUUUCUGCUGGCUUGAAGAGUUCACACUGUAAACUGGAGAUACUCAGAUUGUCUGGUUGUUUGAUUACAGAAAAAGGCUGUUCUUCUUUGGCUUUAGCUCUGAGUUCAAACCCCUCACACCUCAAAGAACUAGAUCUGACAUACAACCACCCAGGAGAUACAGGGGAAAAGCUGCUCUUUGCUAGACUACAGGAUCCUUGCUACAGACUGGAGACGCUCAGAAUGGAGCAUGCAGGGAUGAACAGAAUCAAACCAGGACUAAGAAAGUAUGCCUGCAAACUCACACUGGACCCAAACACAGCAAACACAUUUGUGUCUCUGUCUGAGAAGAACAGAAAGGUGACCCGUAUGGAAGAGCAGCAGUUGUAUCCUGACCAUCCAGAGAGAUUUGAUGGUUGUCCACAGGUUUUGUGUAGAGAGAGCCUGACUGGACGCUGUUACUGGGAGGCUGAGUGGAGCGGAGUAUCUGCUUUAGCAAUGGCAUACAAAGGAAUCAGCAGGAAAAAAGGCAAUGAUAAACCUGACUUUGGUUACAAUGAGAAGUCCUGGGCUCUGGUCUGUUCUAAUAACAGGUACAUUGCCAGGUACAAUAAGAAGCAAAUGGCUUUACCUAGCUCUUCCUCAAGAGUGGGAGUGUAUCUGGAUUGGUCUUCUGGCAGUCUGUCUUUCUACAGUGUCUCCAUUGACACACAUGCACUGACCCACUUAUAUACAUUCCACUGUACGUUCACUGAGCCCCUUUAUGCAGGGAUUGGGUUUUGGAUUUAUCCUGGUGCCUCAGUGUGUUUGUGGGUCACAUAGAAGAGCCCUAUCUCUUGAAAAAUGUACACUAUCAAGGAAUCAAUCAGUAAAUUUGGAAAAAACAAAGACUUAGUGUCCUUUUACGAACUACAGGUCAUCUCUGUAUGAUUGUUAUUCUGUAGUGGGCUUUUUCUUUUGUAAUACUAGUAAGGUAUCUUUAUUUAUAUAGCACUUUUUUAUUCUAUUUAUAACAUUUUGAAAUGAUUACUAUGGGAUAAAGUAAAAACACUAUAGUCUAAAUGAAAAUAAAGGCACAAUUAAAAACAACACAGGUAAAUGAGCCUCCAUCCUAAGAAUUAGCAGUAAGCCUGUCUCAGCUGGGAAAAGUGGUCUGUUUAACCUUUCUUUUCCCGGUAAGCUCAUAAGUACUCCAUUCUGAAUUAGUUGGAGCCUAUUUAGAGCUGUGUUACUGAAUGUACCUAAGUUGACACAUAUAAUUAAGAAUUAUCAGCACUAAGGUCAACAUUGUGAUUACAUUUUAGAUAUACUGUGGACUGUAAAUAUAGGAAAAACAGUAAAGGGCUUAAAACAGAGACUUGUGGGACACCAUAUUGCAUUUUUCAUAAUCAAUUUACAUACUGCUGUUCCAUGAAAUUUUGGCAUUUCAGUGUAAAAACGUGGAUCAGUGCAGAAGUGUUCUUCAGGUUUGAGUUGAUGUAAAAUGUUUUGCCUUGUUUCUUUCAAAGCAAGUUGUUGAUCACACUGUCCAGCACUAGCCAGUAGUAUGUAUUUAAGCCUGGCUUUGGAUACAGUGAAAAGUCCUGGGGUCUCAUUUAUCAAGACAAGCAUAGAGUAUGUUCUAUAUGAACAAUGAUACAUCCUACACUGCUCUGCUCCUUUAUUACCAGUUCAUUUACAUACAGAAAUGCCCCCAAACAGCUACACAUGUGAAACAAAGUCCCAAGUAGCCUAUGUAGCUUAUGAAAAGCUGAAAUGUAGUAUUGCCUUUAAAACUUUAGCUCUUAGAGUUAAAAAUACAACUUUUCAUUUAACAUGUAAGAAUUGAAUCUAAUAAUUUAAAUUAAAAUAUUUUUAAAAUAUGUAAAAUAAUACAUCUUUUUUAAAGAUUUAAAAAAUCUUUAAAAUUUAAUAAUUAAAUUCAGCUUGCAUACAAAAAUAAGAUUUUACAGAAUAUUUAUUUAUACAAGUAUUAAUAACAUUUUACUUGUUUACAUUGAACUGGAUUAAUAGCUAAAGCAACUCAGAUUUUGAAGAAUGGUGAGGUCAGCCAUGAGGUCAAUGUACAUCAUCACAAUCGAUCUUUUGAUAUUCUUUUAUGAAUUUAAAUGACCUUUUCUGUGAGCCUAAAUUAGCUCUGCUAACCUUUUUCACUUCAUCUACACACUGUAAAUAGUGGAGCAGAACAGAAGUAUUUGUGAGAUUUGCAUUAACGAAAUGCAUUGCAUUUUUUUCAUCUGAAGUAUUAUUUUACUUUGUUCUGUUUCAAUUACAGUAUUUAUUCUACUGCCCUUUACCACAAUAAGUCACUACUACAAUAAGUUUUUAUUUUAUACUGGUUGAAGAAACAUGUUUACAUUGUAUGAGAACAAUAGUUACCAAUCAGUUAUCAAUCAAAUCAUAAUGAGUUACCCAUGAUUACACUGUUCAGAAUAUGCAUGGUCAGGAGUAGUUCUAAAUAUACUACAAAUCUAACACACAUAAUUUCAAAAAGAGGGGAGCACAUGAUUUUCUAUUAUUUUGCUAUUCCUCCAAUGUAUCUUACGUAAUUUCCUAUGUGUAAUAGUGUGAACUGCUGUAUCUUCAGCAAGACUUUUCUGAUUAUAACUGGACGUAUGUAACCUACUUUACUUAACCAAAGUUCUGGCUUUCAACAGUUCUGUACUGUGACAGUAUUUACACAGCAGAGCAGAUGUCCAUGUUUCCUUAAAAUAAUUAUCUUUAUGUACGUACUGUGCAAUUACAGAUUUAUAUUUAGCCAUGUGAUUUGAUAACGUUGCCAGGUUACUGGCAUUGGUUAGGUUACCUUAUCACAACAUGAAUUUGGAAACUUUUCUAGUGCAGAUGCAGGGUCAGUACUUUCAUAGGGUAGGUAAAUACGCACCUCCUGUUACAAUCAAAUAAGUCAGUAGUUACAUUGUUAUUGCAUGCAUUGUUAAUGUAUAAUUACACAGUUUUUAGAAACACCUUAUAUAAUGUGGGACUAAUAUUUUAAUUCUAAUGAACAUAAUUUUACAAUGAUGAUCCAUGUGAUCUGUACAGAUUAAUGAUGCAUUCCAUAUGUUGAAAUGUAUUUGAGGUUAUUUCACAUGGCGGCUCUAAAAAGAGAAAACUGAUAGUAAAUGUUGUUGAAAUGUGACUGAAGUGCACUUUAUUUUAUUUGACGUUCAGUUGUUGACUGUAUAAGAUGUUGUUAUACCUACUAGGCUACUUCAGUAAACAGUAUAUGGCACUGAAUCAUGAUGCAGAUUAGACGUUAUGAUGUUCCGGACCUUCGCUUGAGGAAAUUUUCUCUAACUGGACCUUAUUGAGUUUUAAUUAAAGACCCCUGCACUAUAGCAAAACAAAAUAUAUUCUAGGUUCUAGUGGGUGGAGUGGUGUGCCUUGAGAGCAUCAACUAAUUUGAGACACAGCAAUACAGAAUAGUCAGGCAAAUUACAUUGUCUUAUGUUUAUUACCUGAAAGUAAUUCUUGUGUGCUGGGGGGUCCAGUAGUUGUUUUUGUACUAGACCCCAUAAGAUCCUAGUUAUGCCACUGCUUUGGAUUAUCUAUGAUGGCACAUCAUUUUUUGUUUUUGAGUUUUUUAUUUUAGGUUUAUUACGUUUAAUGGUGAAUAUUUAUGCUGCAUAGAAUUGAAAAGUUUCAAUGUGUCCAUCCUCUUUAAGUGUCCUCUGCAAACAUUUCUUUUUUGUUCUGACUGAUGUUGCGAUGUUUCUGACAUUGUAUACGUUUUGUGUAUGUACAGUAGCACUGGUGUAGUCAUUUUGCUGAAAGUGUUUUGGAGUUUGCAGUGUCUAUGAAUUUGCAGCACAUGUUAUUAUUUUGCACAGCAUUUGUAAAAUUGCAGUCCAUAUGAUAUCAUUUUGAUGAAAGUGUUUUCUGCAUUUGCAGCUCAUUUUUUUGCUGUUUGUUGGCUCUUGUCAGCCUUUGUACAAAUGACGUUUUGUUGCUUAUUCUCAAUGAAAAGGUUAAAACACCAUGUACAGCAGUGAUUCCCAACCCUGGUCCUGCAGUAUCCUCUGCCCUGCACAUUUUUGUGUUUCCCUUCUCCCAACACACCUCAUCCAGCUGAUUAGCUCAGUAACCCCUCAUUAACCAGAGACCACAAUUUGCAGGCAAAACAGUAGGUCACUUCUAGCCUUCAUACAAACAUGAUCCAUAUCAGGACAUUCAGCAGACCCGCCCCUAACUAGCAGGCAUGAUGUUGAGCUGUGACGUCAGCAUCAGUGAGUAAUUCAGCUCGGAAAAUCACCCAAAAUCCUUAUAUUAUUGCUCUGCUGUUUGGCCUUCAUUUUCCAACAAAGGGUUCACACAUCAGAUCACUCAUAAGACUCUGCUUCAUCAUCCAGAGUGAUUUCAUCCACCUGUGACCAUCCGUCACCCAGCAAUCCAGCUCCAAAAUCACCCAAACCCCACUCGCUACUGUUAUAUUACAUCUCUGCUUUUAGCCUUCAUAUCAUAAACAAAGGGCUUUCAGUUUACAUUGAUUUUGAGUAUUAAAAAUAUCUGAUAUUAAAUAUGCAACUCAAUUUGUAAUUAAAAAUAAAGGCUGUCUUGCUGGGUAUCAGAGUUGUAGUACUGAGCAUGAAUCCAAGAGGACAGGAAAUCAAUUAUAAAACGUCCGCCUUAUGCUAAUUAUUUAUUUAUGAUCAUAAUGACCAACAGAAAGAAUUACCGUCAAAAUUAUUGCACUUUCAGCUCACAGACACUCCAGACUAACAAUUUCUGAGAAGAUAAACAUUAAUGCACUUACAUUUACAUGUUAAUAUCUGACAUAUCUGAGUAGCCCAUGGUCUCCUGAAAAUAACAUAUGGCAUGUGUGACUGUCAUAUGUAAAUACUUUAUAAUCGCAACUGUAAUUGUAAUUGACCCAAAAAAUACAAAAAAAAAUACCCAAAAGUUUAGGUUUCUAAGGGUUAACAAGCCCUUCAUGACUUCAAAUGAGUGUGUUGGGAGCCAGGAAAACACUGAAAUGUGCAGGGCAUGUGAUACCCCAGGACCAGGGUUCGGAACUGAACUGUCUGAAUAAUGUUGAUGACUGUGUGGACCCCUUUAUUGAACUAGGAUAUAAACAACAAAACUAAAAAAUAAGAACUGUUCACAGAGCCUGAUAUCUGUUUACUCCAAAAUAAGUGGUCUUUCAUACACAACAGACUCUAAAAAAGGCCAUUCUAUUUUGAAAGACCCUUCACAUGUCCUACACUCUGUCUUCAGGUUGGUCACUGAUCAUUCCUGGUGAGCCAUGUGUUUACUAUGUUUUUUUUAUUUAUUUAUCUUAUUUAUGAAGAUGUUUGUCUUUUGUUCUCUGUGGAUGUCUCUAUGUUAUAUGUUUGGGUCAUUUGUUUAUAUGCUCAGUUAUGAAUUGCCCCCCUGGGACAAAUAAAGUUUAUUCAGUUGGAUGUUCA